AACUGCAAAUGGGGUUGGUGAGUUUAGUAGUAGUAUAAAUGAACCAACUCAACCAAGUCUCUCCACACAGAGUUGCGCCCCUCAUAUCUCUCAGAUUUAUCUCUAAGCCUUCUCUUUCUCUACCGUUCUCUUUCUCUGCCAAACGUCCCUCAAUCCUUCGUUUCUCUCUCCUCGCUAGAGCUAUGGCAUCCCACAUUGUCGGUUAUCCCCGUAUGGGACCCAAAAGAGAGCUCAAGUUUGCCUUGGAAUCCUUUUGGGACAAAAAGAGCAGUGCCGAGGAUUUAAAAAAAGUGGCUGCGGAUCUUAGGGCUUCCAUCUGGAAGCAGAUGGCUGAUGCUGGAAUCAAGCACAUUCCUAGCAACACAUUCUCAUACUAUGAUCAAGUUUUAGACACUACAGCCAUGCUUGGGGCGGUUCCCCCUAGAUAUGGUUGGAGCGGUGGUGAGAUUGGCUUUGAUGUCUAUUUCUCCAUGGCUAGAGGGAAUGCCUCUGUACCUGCCAUGGAAAUGACCAAGUGGUUUGACACCAACUACCAUUACAUUGUCCCUGAAUUGGGCCCAGAGGUUAAGUUUUCUUACGCAUCUCACAAGGCCGUAGAAGAAUUCAAGGAGGCUAAAGCUCUUGGAGUUGAUACCGUUCCAGUCCUUGUAGGCCCUGUCUCCUACUUGUUGCUAUCGAAACCAGCAAAGGGUGUGGAGAAAUCCUUUUCUCUUCUCUCCCUAAUUGACAAGAUUCUUCCAGUCUACAAGGAGGUUGUGGCUGAAUUAAAGGCAGCUGGUGCUACUUGGAUCCAGUUUGAUGAGCCCACCCUUGUUUUGGAUCUUGAUGCUCAUCAAUUAGAAGCCUUUACUCAUGCCUAUUCUGCACUAGAGUCAUCUUUAGCUGGAUUAAAUGUUGUGAUCGAGACAUACUUUGCUGAUAUUCCUGUUGCUGCAUACAAGACUCUCACCUCAUUGAAGGGUGUAGCUGGGUAUGGUUUUGACCUGGUUCGUGGAACACAAACACUUGAUUUGAUCAAGGGUGGAUUUCCUUUGGGAAAAUAUCUCUUUGCUGGAGUUGUUGAUGGAAGGAAUAUAUGGGCCAACGAUCUUGCAGCUUCCCUCAGUACCCUGAAGGCUCUUGAGGGCAUUGUUGGUAAAGACAAGAUUGUGGUCUCAACGUCCUGCUCUCUUCUUCACACUGCGGUUGAUUUAGUGAAUGAGACUAAGUUGGAUAAAGAGAUUAAGUCAUGGCUUGCAUUUGCGGCACAGAAAAUUGUUGAAGUAAAUGCCUUGGCCAAGGCAUUGUCUGGACACAAGGAUGAGGAAUUCUUCUCUGCUAAUGCUGUGGCUCAGGCUUCGAGAAAAUCCUCCCCAAGGGUUACAAAUGAGGCUGUCCAAAAGGCUGCUGCUGCUUUGAAGAGUUCUGAACACCGCCGGGCAACAAAUGUGAGCGCCAGGCUGGACGCUCAGCAGAAGAAGCUGAAUCUUCCAAGUCUUCCUACAACAACAAUUGGAUCUUUCCCACAGACAUUGGAACUUAGAAGAGUCCGCCGUGAGUACAAGGCUAAGAAGGUCUCCGAGGAAGAAUAUGUGAAGGCUAUCAAGGAGGAAAUUAACAAAGUGGUCAAGCUGCAGGAAGAGCUUGACAUUGAUGUUUUGGUACAUGGAGAACCAGAGAGGAACGACAUGGUUGAGUACUUUGGAGAGCAGUUGUCUGGAUUUGCCUUCACUGUUAAUGGGUGGGUCCAAUCUUAUGGGUCCCGUUGUGUGAAGCCACCAAUUAUCUAUGGUGAUGUGAGCCGCCCCAAGCCCAUGACUGUCUUUUGGUCUUCAAUAGCUCAAAGUUUUACCAAACGGCCCAUGAAGGGAAUGCUGACUGGCCCUGUUACCAUUCUGAACUGGUCAUUUGUGAGAAAUGAUCAGCCCAGAUUUGAGACCUGCUAUCAGAUUGCUUUGGCCAUCAAGGAUGAAGUUGAGGAUCUUGAGAAAGCUGGAAUUACUGUCAUCCAGAUUGACGAGGCUGCUCUGAGGGAAGGUUUGCCUCUUAGGAAGUCUGAUCAGGCUUUCUAUCUAAACUGGGCUGUUCACUCCUUCAGGAUCACCAACUGUGGCGUUCAUGACACAACACAGAUCCAUACCCACAUGUGCUACUCACAUUUCAAUGACAUUAUUCACUCGAUCAUAGACAUGGAUGCCGAUGUUAUCACCAUUGAGAACUCCAGAUCAGAUGAGAAGCUUCUCUCAGUCUUCCGUGAUGGAGUGAAAUAUGGUGCUGGCAUUGGUCCUGGUGUGUAUGACAUCCACUCACCUAGGAUCCCAUCCACUGAAGAAAUAGCCGACCGAAUCAACAAGAUGCUUGCAGUCUUGGAGAGCAACAUUCUCUGGGUGAACCCUGAUUGUGGCCUCAAGACACGUAAAUAUUCUGAAGUUAAGCCUGCUCUUAGCAACAUGGUUGCUGCCGCCAAACUCCUCCGCACUCAGCUUGCAAGUGCUAAAUGAGUCCAGAAUUUGCAUAAAAAAGAAAGCUAAUCUUGCAUUUGAGAAGCAUACUUCUCUACGGAAGUCCAAAUAAUAUGUGGCUUUUUGUUUAAGAUGUUUUCUUUUGCUUUAUCUAAUUUUCAUACUUUUCUUGGAGGUGAUGAAUAUUUACUAAUAUAUGAAUUGUAAUGGUUUUUUUUUUUUUGAUGAAUAAUCAUAAUGAAUUUCUUAUAUAA